AUGGCAAGAGACACUCAAAGCAGCCUUCACGGAGCGCGACUAACUCUUUGCACCAGCCGGGGUAAGCUGGCAACGCAGAUGGGUCCAAAGAACAUGACUCUUCCCCAGCCAGGGAAGCCCUUCUUCGACUACGGCUGCCAAUAUAUCUCUGUGAGCAGCGACUGGUUUGUCGAAGAACUGGAGCUCUGGAAGAAGCUGGGCUUCUGCCAAGUGUUGCCCCCGAGCCAGGUUGGCACCAUAUCGGGAUCGCAAGGCUUCCAAGGACUUCCGGGCGACUGCUGGGUCGGUAACGGAGGCAUGGCCCCUAUGCUCCGGAACAUACACCGGCAGACAGCUCAAGAGUUUGAAGACGUGUUGGAGCAAGUCAGUGGGUUUCCGAACGAUGCUUACAAGGUGGUGGGCCUUCGCAAGGACACAAGCGGCCAGUGGGAGCUGCAGAUGCAGGGUGGCGGAACUUUAGGACCCUUCACCUAUGUGGUCGGGGGCUUUGCGCAGCACAUCUUGACAGAUCCAUUCCUCUUGAGUGGGGGAGCAGCAUGCUCGGCAAUGUUGGAAUGUCUCCGCAGAGUGGAAUCCAACCAGUUGAUCGUUAUGCAAGUCAGCUUUGAGGGCGAGCCUCUGCCAAUUCCCUUUACGGCUGCACAUGUCUGCGAUGAUGAGGCUCUCAGCUUCAUCGGCAAUAACAGCCAGAAGCCUCAGCAGAAUGGAGAAUGGGGAACUCCGGGCCCGCAGCAGCUCACACUUCUUAGCACCGCUGAGUUUGCAGAGCGUGAGUUCAAUUGCAAUCCCAAGGGCUACCGCCGAAAGGCAGAGGAGAAGCUCCUUGCAGCCUUAGGCCGUCUCCUGAAGCUGGACGUCUUAAAGUACAAGCCCCAAAUCAACCGGAUAAACCAUUGGGAGGACGGCCUCCCAACCAACACUCCACCGGCUUCCAGAGGCUGCCUCUUUGAUGCGAAAGAGGGUCUCGGCUGGUGCGGUGACUUCUGUGUCGCUCCGGGCGUGGAAGGGGCCGCGCGAUCUGGUGCUGCCAUGGCUGACGUUCUGGCAUCCUUCCACGGACAGAAGGACUUUUGCGGAGAUGGCUUAUUGCCCAUGGAUGUGGACUGGGUGUCCAUCAGCAGCGUUUCAGGGUUCGGCAUCGUGGAUAUUGGUGCAUUCCCUGGAGUUCCAUCUCGCUGCACACACACCGACCAUGUGCCCUCCGCGAUUGGAGGCUAUGACAAGGCCAAGGCACAUUUUGGUCACGUGGGCGCUGCAAAAGGAUACAACGGCAAGGGCAAGGACUACCAAAGCAAAGGCGGCAAAGGAAAAGGUAAAGGCGGCAAGGGCAAAGGAAGCCUUUGGAAAGGAAAGUGA